UUUAAGAGCUGUGUAGAACAUUAAAGUGAAUAAAUACAUAAAUAAAUUAAACACUACUUUCUUCUUUUGUACUUCCAUUCGUCACUUCUCUUAUUCAAAGAAAUCGUAUCAAAUUUGGUUUAAUCCUUAGACUGUUUGACAUUUAUUCCUUUUUUUCCUACAUAUUUACAACUGUCCGGUUAAAUGCUUUUUAUUUAAAUGGAAAAUGUGCCGUGAUUGUUUAGAAAUGAAACUUUGAUAAAGUUGGGGGGGAAAAAACAUCCAUGGAUGUAAACAAUGGAUGUUUAAUGACCUUAUAAGGUUUUAUACCACAUCCAUGGAUACAACGAGCUCAGGUCAUUCCAGGAAAUUCCGACUUUUGUCUCCAUUUCCUUCAGUAACACGUUUAACCGCUGUAACACGCCGGAGAACUGUUUUGUACUUGAAUUUGUGAGAGAAUAAAAAAAAGAAACAAAAUUUUAAGAUAACAUGUCAGACUUUUUAAUUUUUUUAAAAUGUUUUUUUAACCAACCUUCCCGAGUUUUGUAAUGUGGAAGAGCGUAAACGACUAAGAACCGUGGACACCUGAGUUUCUCCUUCCUGAGGAUAUUGAACACUCAUUUCACUCAGACUGCUGUGUUGUUCACUGAAGCUGCAGCUCGUUAAACGGCGGAUUGUGUUUGUCCAUUUCCACCGACCCACAAACCGAGUCACAGACCGACAGGCUUCAGCAGAAGGGUCUGGGAGAAACACGAAGCAGACAAACAGAGACAGAAAGAGAAGAGUCGGUUGUGGCAGAAGAAGGAACUGAAAACACGGGCAGGAAAUGAGCACAGAUGUGAUGCACAGAUGUGAAGUCAGACCUGCGUCUCAGAAAGACGGACGAGAACGUCUCCCGAUCAUUUCCUGGGUUCUGUUGCUCAUUCAGCUCCACUGACUCCGACUGUGACGCAGCAAAAUGGCGUCGACUGUGAAACGUGAAAGAACAGGAAGAGGAUCGUCGUGUUUCAGCCGGGCAGCCAGAAGCAUCAGGGACGCUCUGUCCAGGAUCUGCAGAGUUAAUUCUGCACAACCUGACCCUGACCCUGACGGUGAAGCUGUCUAUACUUGUCUUCGCCCUGGUAGUGCAGUUAUCCAUGACGCCCGGAUAAAGCAGCAUUGUCUUAAUCCUGGACGUUUAUCUCGCCCUAUAGUGAGCGGUUCUACUUGCUAUUCUUCAUACUACUGUCGUAAACCAGUUGAAGAACCUGGUAGAGGAUCUGUCUAUGAUAAUGAUGGAUCAUUAUCUUUCUUUGGAAUAGACGCACAUGAGAUGGAUUCUCUAGACUCCUGGUCUGAUGGAGGAUCUGUCUAUGGGACCGGUACAUUUUUAUCACAUGAGUCCUUGUUGAAACCUGAGUCUCAUGGUUAUUGUAAAAACGAAAUGAUGCCUUACAGUCUAUGUCCACUAUACAGUCCUGUUGACUCCCUGAAUGUUGAUGUCCACACUGAAGGACAAGAUGCAUUUCAGUCUUUUACUCUGCAGCCUGAAAUCACCAGCGACAGUGAAGCCCUGGUGGAAACGGAGGCGUCUGUUACAGCUGUUAACUACUCAGUCACAAACACCCUGCCAACCUGUUCUCAGCUCCACAUCUCCUCCUCAGAUCCCGGUUUAAGUGGAAGAGACUCCGGCCGUUUGCCUCGUUCUGUCAGCGUUCCCUCACUCAGUCAGAUAAUCUCUGCAGAGAACAGGAAGUUUAGACGAGCUCAAAGUUCCCCUGACGUGACGUUACAAACCAGCUACGAGGAGUUUACACCCGAUAUCACCGAGGAAGAAAGCGAUGAAAGCUACAGCUUCCAGUGCUCCCGCCCAGGCCUGUACCAGUGCAGAGUGACAGGCCUGCUGUUUCACAUGGAGGGAGAAGGGGACGUGGUUUACAGGAUCGUCCCCUGGAACAGGAGGCAACUGGCUCAGUAUCACAAGAAGCCUGCAGGACCCCUGUUUGACAUCAGAUGUGUCCAGCAGUCUGUGUGUCGGCUUCAUCUCCCACACUGUGAGAUCAGCUCCACAGGAGGAUGUCAGUUCCUGUCAGUAGCUCAUGUGACGGAGGAGAGCAUGGAUUUUAUCUCCCCUCAUGAGAUAACAGAAACUCAUGUCAUUAUAAACAUCACUGGGUUUUCUGGUUUCGGUAAUGUCAAGGAUGAAGACUCGCCUCUUGUCACGGUCCGAGCGCUGGUUCUGCUCUUCUACAGGCCCUCACCUGAUCCUGAUGAUGAAUCUGUGAUCAACGUGUUGUUGCUACCAAGAAAUGUGUCUCUCCGGGACGUGCAGCGCACCAGAAAGAAGUUAGUCGGAGAUGAGAGGUACAUAGAAAAAACCCCACAGUGUAAACUGCAGCCGGAUCAGGUUUACACACUGUCCACUUGUCCUGAAGACGACUCGGUUCGAGUCGAACCGACAGAAUCUGAAUUUGACUGCAACGACUACGACAACUUCUUCCCAUCAUUCCAGGUGAUUUUAGAAACAGUCAAACAACAUAUUAAACUGUGUUUGAGAGACACCGACAGCGGCCGCUGUGUCUGGGAAAGACGAGUUUGUCUUUCGUCGUCCGGAGUAAAAAAGUCCUGCGGGACGAUUCCUCUGAGUCUCGCCUCAAACGACAGGCUGUUGGACACACGGAGCGGCUUCAUCGAUGCGAUAUCAGAACCUGUUCUCCAGAGUCUGCUGGACAAACUGUUGGAGAAAAAGGUGAUCACUGACUCUGAGAGGGAGUCAGCGGACGAGAUGCAGAACAAACGAGACAAAUCUCGUUUUGUCAUCGACACAGUGAGGAAGAAAGGUGAAGCUGCCAGUUCAGAGAUGAUCGAGUUUCUCUGUGAGACCGACCCCUUCCUCUGUGAACAUCUUGGGUUGCUCUGAAGAUAAACCUUGAAUGCAUCACCGGGAUCUUCAUGAUCUUGUGAACCCAUGUCCAUCCACAUGAAGGGCUGAUUCUUGUUGAAUAAGUGAGACCAGGGCACACGCAGAGAAGAGUAGUUGAAGGUCACAUGUAGCCUAUGUAUAAACUGAAAACAUCCUUUUCUUAGGAUAUAUAUUUUUCAUAUCUUCUGUAUGUCCUGUCGGAGAAUGGUAAAGACAAACUGUCCUCUACCCAUUAGAAAGAUAUUACUAUAAUAAUAAAUUACAGUAAGUCCUCUGUUAAAUAAAUAUUAAUACUUGAAAUAAAGAAAAUAUCUACAAAGAGCCUGUGAAGGAUUUACUCUAGCUCUCUGGUGUUGAUUCAUGGUUCUUCUUCUUCUUCCUUCAGUUUGAGCUUCUGUUUCUGUCCUGAACUCAUCCACUGCUGUAGUGUGGAUUAAUGGCAGCAGGGGGCGCCAUAACAACAAGGAACAAGAGAGACAUUUAGAGGUGACACAGCUUCACUGAGAUGGUACAAAUAUCAGAGCAAAACUACCUGUUGUCAUAAGCAUCUGAUAUGAUGUGGUGGGAGAUAGAUCAGAGUUAGAGCUGUAUGUACCAUUAAGUUUAAAUGGACUUCACAGCAGAAUUAACAGUUACUCCUUAUUAAACAGAAGAACAAAAAACUAAUGUCCUGUUCGGUUGUAAGUUGAACAGUGUUAAUAAAAAAGAACAAGAGGAAGAAAUCACAGAGCAGCUGAUUGAGUGUCUCCUGCGUUACAUGACGAGCAGCUCAGCGGGUCUGGGAGAAACACGAAGCAGGCAAACAGAGACAGAAAGAGAAGAGUCGGUUGUGGCUGAAGAAGGGACUGAAAACACGGGCAGGAAAUGAGCACAGAUGUGAUGCACAGAUGUGAAGUCAGACCUGCGUCUCAGAAAGACGGACGAGAACGUCUCCCGAUCAUUUCCUGGGUUCUGUUGCUCAUUCAGCUCCACUGACUCCGACUGUGACGCAGCAAAAUGGCGUCGACUGUGAAACAUGAAAGAACAGGAAGAGGAUCGUCAUGUUUCAGCCGGGCAGCCAGAAGCAUCAGGGACGCUCUGUCCAGGAUCUGCAGAGUUAAUUCUGCACAACCUGACCCUGACCCUGCCCCUGGCUAUACUAGUGUCUAUACUUCUCUUCGCCCUGGUAGGGAAGUUAUCUAUGACGCCCAGACAGCACAGCAUUGUCUUAAUCCUGAACGUUCAUCUCGCCCUAUAAUGAAAGGUCCUACCAGCUAUUCUUCAUACUACCGUGGUAAACCAGUUCAAGAAAUGGCGUCGUCUGUGAAACGUGAAAGAACAGGAAGAGGAUCGUCGUGUUUCAGCCGGGCAGCCAGAAGCAUCAGGGACGCUCUGUCCAGGAUCUGCAGAGUUAAUUCUGCAGAACCUGACCCUGUCUAUCUUGGUAUUCAUAGGCGAUCUAUCCAUGACGCCCGGACAAAGCAGUAUUGUCUUAAUCCUGAACGUUUAUCUUGCCCUAUAGUGAGAGGUUCUGUUCGCUAUUCUCCAUACUACUGUGGUAAACUAGUUCAAGAACCUGGUAGAGGAUCUGUCUAUGAUAAUGAUGGAUCAUUAUCUUUCUUUGGAAUAGACGCACAUGAGAUGGAUUCUCUAGACUCCCGGCCUCAUGGAGGAUGUGUCUAUGAGACCGGUAAAUUUUUAUCACAAGAGUCCUUCUUGAGACCUGAGUCUCAUGGUUAUUGUAAAAACGAAAUGAUGUCUUACAGUCCAUGUCCACAAUCCAGUCCUGUUGUCUCCCUGAAUGUUGAUGUCCACACUGAAGGACAAGAUGCAUUUCAGUCUUUUACUCUGCAGCCUGAAAUCACCAGCGACAGUGAAGCCCUGGUGGAAACGGAGGCGUCUGUUACAGCUGUUAACUACUCAGUCACAAACACCCUGCCAACCUGUUCUCAGCUCCACAUCUCCUCCUCAGAUCCCGGUUUAAGUGGAAGAGACUCCAGCCGUUUGCCUCGUUCUGUCAGCGUUCCCUCACUCAGUCAGAUAAUCUCUGCAGAGAACAGGAAGUUUAGACGAGCUCAAAGUUCCCCUGACGUGACGUUACAAACCAGCUACGAGGAGUUUACACCCGAUAUCACAGAGGAAGAAAACGAUGAAAGCUACAGCUUCCAGUGCUCCCGCCCAGGCCUGUACCAGUGCAGAGUGACAGGCCUGCUGUUUCACAUGGAGGGAGAAGGGGACGUGGUUUACAGGAUCGUCCCCUGGAACAGGAGGCAACUGGCUCAGUAUCACAAGAAGCCUGCAGGACCCCUGUUUGACAUCAGAUGUGUCCAGCAGUCUGUGUGUCGGCUUCAUCUCCCACACUGUGAGAUCAGCUCCACAGGAGGAUGUCAGUUCCUGUCAGUAGCUCAUGUGACGGAGGAGAGCAUGGAUUUUAUCUCCCCUCAUGAGAUAACAGAAACCCAUGUCAUUAUAAACAUCACUGGGUUUUCUGGUUUCGGUAAUGUCAAGGAUGAAGACUCGCCUCCUGUCCUGGUCCGAGCGCUGGUUCUGCUCUUCUACAGGCCCUCACCUGAUCCUGAUGAUGAAUCUGUGAUCAACGUGUUGUUGCUACCGAGAAAUGUCUCUCUCCGGGACGUGCAGCGCACCAGAAAGAAGUUAGUCGGAGAUGAGAGGUACAUAGAAAAAACCCCACAGUGUAAACUGCAGCCGGGUCAGAUUUACACACUGUCCACUUGUCCUGAAGACGACUCGGUUCGAGUCGAACCGACAGAAUCUGAAUUUGACUGCAACGACUACGACAACUUCUUCCCAUCAUUCCAGGUGAUUUUAGAAACAGUCAAACAACAUAUUAAACUGUGUUUGAGAGACACCGACAGCGGCCGCUGUGUCUGGGAAAGACGAGUUUGUCUUUCGUCGUCCGGAGUAAAAAAGUCCUGCGGGACGAUUCCUCUGAGUCUCGCCUCAAACGACAGGCUGUUGGACACACGGAGCGGCUUCAUCGAUGCGAUAUCAGAACCUGUUCUCCAGAGUCUGCUGGACAAACUGUUGGAGAAAAAGGUGAUCACUGACUCUGAGAGGGAGUCAGCGGACGAGAUGCAGAACAAACGAGACAAAGCUCGUUUUGUCAUCGACACAGUGAGGAAGAAAGGUGAAGCUGCCAGUUCAGAGAUGAUCGAGUUUCUCUGUGAGACCGACCCCUUCCUCUGUGAACAUCUGGGCUUGGUCUGACGAUAAACCUGAUUGCUUCCUGCGUAGGCGACCAUAUUUAUCUACUUUAUGCAUGAUGUCUAACUGCCCAAACCUGUGUUGUACCAGGUGAAGGGUGAUGGAUUUACACAAAGCUUCAUUGGAUAACUUUUGCAAAUGAACAGAACUUCAGUUGUUGUUUUCAUUCAUCUAAUGUCUAAAGCUACUGACAUCACCCACAUCUGAGGUGUUUGUCUGAGAGUCAGCUGCAUUUCCCUCAAAACCACAUGUAAAGUUUAAGUGCAGAGGGGUAACGGGUCAGGUUAAACUGUUUCCUAUUGAUGAUGCUGUGUGAACUAGUUAGAACAUGAGAGGAAAGUUUGGGGAGGUUUUGUCUUUGUCCCAUUUAGGGCUGUGCACAGUAAACACCUCAACAUAUUAAAUGAAAUACAAACUGAA